ACCUGCAUUAAAAAUAAGUUAUGAUCAAAUUCCAAAUCACUUGAAGCAAUGCUUUGCUUUAUGUUCUCUUUUCCCAAAGAAUUAUGUAUUCAGGAGUGAUGAGUUGAUUGCAUUCUGGAUGGCGCAUGGACUCCCAUUUGGAUUGUCUAAUCAUUUUGCAAUUGGAGAAUUGGAAAAUGUUGGUGACAUGUGUAUCCAGGAUUUGUUGUCUAGAUCUUUCUUCCAAGAUGUUCAUAAUUCCUUCUGGGACUUCAGGUAUUGGUUUAAAAUGCAUGAUCUCUUCCAUGAUCUUGCAUGCAAGGUUGCUCAAGAUGAUUGUUCAAUAGUUGAUUGUCAGACCCAAACAGUUGUUGGAACAGUUCGUCAUCUAUCAUUUUCACACAAUGGUCAAGUUCCACAAUGCGACUUUGACACGUUAAGUAGUGGUGUGCGGACCACUUUGUUCCCAACCGAGCAACAAGAGCUUGCCUUAGUUCAAGCAUGCAUCUCUAGGUUCAAGUACUUGCGGGUACUUAGCUUAAGCAAUUCAUCUUUUGAGGUGUUGCCAAACUCUAUUGGUACUUUGAAGCACUUGAAAUAUUUGGACUUGGCUGGGAAUGACAGAAUUGAGAAACUUCCUGAUUCCAUUUGCAAGCUGUACAAUUUGCAAACUUUACUUCUUCAUGAAUGUCGGAGGCUUGAGCUGCUGCCCAAAGACAUAAGGGAGAUGAGAAGGCUUAGGUAUUUGACGGUUACAACAACUUCCACACACUUCUUGUUUGAGGGUAAUUUGAUCGUGUUACCUCCGAAACUUCGGGUUUUGCGUAUAUAUUACUGUACGAGACUAGAAACAUUGUUUGGAUGGAAUUACUUGUAUCAAGUGGGAAGAUCGUACUACGGCCGCUUUUCUCUUCCCAAUCUUCAAACAUUGGUUAUUGCAGAUUGUAAAAGGUUGACCUCUUUGGGAGGUUUUAUGUGGCACCUAUUCCUAUUAGAGAACCUGGUAAUUUUGAAUUGUGAUGUGCUUAGUUUGACGGGAGAAGAUCAUUGGUACCCAAGUAGACUUAAAAAAUUGAAGAUUUGUGAUUUACCAAAGUUGGAGGUUUUACCGCAAUGGCUUAAACAAUCUGCUAACAAUUUACAGUUCGUAACUAUUGAAAAUUGUGAGAACUUCAUGGCCUUACCAGAGUGGCUGCCAAGUCUAAAAUCACUUCACACGCUUGAGAUUCUUAAUUGUUCCAAGUUGUCAUCUCUUCCGGAGGGGAUGGAUCGUCUCACUGCCUUAAAAGAAUUGAAGAUUGUAUCAUGUCCUGAAUUGAUUAGGAAAUGCAAAGAGGAAGAUUGGUCCAAGAUUACUCAUAUACCAACGUUACUUUUGAUACCAUAAGAUGAAGACGUAACUGCUUCCAUGCCGUGACUUCAGCAAGCCCUUAAUGCAUGUCAGUUCAAAGAUAUUUGUACUUUGAUUGUGUUGUAAACAUUUCGAGAAUUAGAAUUUGUAUUAAUUGAUGUAAACAAUUAAAUAUUUCUGUAAGCGUUAGAACAAUAUUAAAUUUGGUAUCUUUUCUUUUUUGUCA